AUGGCGAGCCCGAAACAGAUAGAUGGUAGUGCGCCAAAGUUUAUCGGAGGUGCGGAAACGUGGAAUCAAGCAAUAACCGAGGCCGAGAGAUUGGUUCAACAUGGCGGCGGAUCAUACCUCGAUCCUGCGAAGCUUGUUGGCAAAGACCUUUCAAAUCUUACCAAAAACAUUCAAGCUCUUUUGAGCAGCGGACAUCCAGUGUUGAACACUGUUAGCAAAUAUUAUUUCACAUCGGAAGGAAAACACAUACGACCCUUGAUCAUCCUGUUGAUGUCACAAGCGACAAGUAUAGCUCCGAAACAAUGCAGCGCGGCGCACGCCGAUUUUUUUGAAAUCAUCGAUCAACCCUUAUCACCCGUAACCACCACCGCCCGCGAUGGGAACUCAUCGCUCCCAACCGGUAGCAUGGAUUCUACACUUUAUUCACCAUCGCGUUCCCCCAAAGGAGUGACAAUCCUUCCCACGCAACGUCGUCUGGCCGAAAUCACAGAGAUGAUUCACACCGCGUCACUUCUUCACGAUGAUGUGAUUGACGUUUCCGAGUCGCGCCGUAAUCUUCCGUCGGCAAAUGCAAGCUAUGGUAAUAAACUGACCAUCCUAGCCGGUGAUUUUUUGCUCGCUCGUGCGUCCGUAGCCUUGGCGAGAUUGAGAAACCCGGAGGUCAUCGAGUUACUGUCCACCGUGAUCGCCAAUCUUGUUGAAGGUGAAUUCAUGCAACUCGAAAAUGUGCGGGGAGACGGGAACAUGUCCACGUUCGAAUAUUACAUGGAUAAAACUUAUAUGAAGACGGCGAGUCUUAUAGCAAAAAGUUGUAGGGCAGCGUCGGUGUUGGGAGGGUCCACAAUAGAAGUUUGUGACAUUGCUUAUGCGUACGGUCGGGAUUUGGGUCUGGCUUUUCAGUUGGUAGAUGACAUGCUGGAUUUCAUUGUCACGGCUAACGAACUAGGGAAACCCGUGGGUGCCGAUCUGAAAUUGGGACUAGCGACUGCGCCCGUAUUGUACGCGUGGGAGGAGUAUCCCGAAUUGGGUCCGUUGAUAAAUCGUAAAUUUUCCCUAGAGGGUGACGUCGAAAAGGCGCGAGAAUUGGUUUACCGGAGUGAAGGUAUUGAGAAAACAAGGAUCUUGGCCGCAUCGCAUUGUCAAAAGGCCAUCGCGGUUAUUUCACAAUUACCAGAGUCGGAUGCGCGGAAUGCGUUGAUUCAGCUCACACAAAAAUUUGAUGCCAACUCUGGGUGGUACAAUAGGGACUUACCUAUUGUCAACCUGUAUGUAUGGAAUAUUGAAGUGUGA